CCUGCCCCUCUACUCUCUAGCUGGUCUAGCUGCCCUUCACACUUUUCACACUCUUUGAUGACACCUCAUGGUGGCGCCUCAACCGCAAGCUAGCCAGUGGAUUUUGGCAGCACUAAGGACUAGCAGUAGUUGAAUAAAAGCUUCUGUGAAAGGAGCAGGUCCAGCGGGUUGCACCCAGAGAAGACUUCCAGUGUUCCAGCAAUUGAAAGCCAAUGGCGGAACCGAACCCGCGCAUUCGUUCAAUGGGGUGGCUGACGGAAUCAACCGUCAUGCCCAAGAAACAGAAGGUCAUUCAGGGGGUUGGGCCAAGCAGUGUGGUGGAGCUGAAAGCGGAACUAUACAAAGCUCAGGAAGAGGCAAAGAGGUCCAAGGACCUGGACCCUGGGGAGAGGAAAAGUAGGAAGGAGCGAGGAAUCAACAUAGCGGACUUGAUGUCAAAGCAGAACCCGGGCGUCGAAAUGCGCAACCGGCGGGACGAGCAGCAAACAGAGGCAGAACAAGAUGUGUAUGCUGCGCUGGAGCGGAAGGCCGAACUAUAUGAUAAACUAGCACGGGGGGACAUAGCAGACGACGAGCGGAAGGAACGGUACAGCGUGGACUUCUUUUCGAAGGGUGGUCGAAUUGCGGAAGAGGACGAUGACCCGCGCGAACAGCGGCGAGGGGCCGAGAUUGCGUGGAGUUACAACGGGGGCGCUGGAGGGAGCAGGGAUGUGGAGUCAGAAAGAGAGACCGAAAGGGAGAGGGAAGAACGGGAAAGGGAGGAGCGAGAAAGGAGGCGCGCUGCGGAAGAAGAAGCAGAGGGCCGGCGGAGACAAGAGGCGAAAGAGCUGAUACAAGAGGUGCAUAAGGAGACCGUGGCCGGUCGGGAGAAGGCCGCGGAGCUAAAGCAAAGGAGACAGGAGCAAGCCGAGAAGACUAGGGAACGACUAAAAGCGGCUUUUUUGAAAAAGCAAGCGCAGAAGUUGCGGACACAAGGUGCACUGUGACUUGCGCAUCGGUCAUGGGUUGUAUAUUGAGACCCAUGUAGGGUACAUCAUCGUCCAUUUCCAAUGAUGCAGGAGCCCUUUCUUGAGUGGUGCUGCCGUCGUGUCACCGGCUAAUGACCGACACCUGGCAACGUGUGAGCCGCACAUGUGUUUUGUAAGAAUGACCGUUA